UAUUUCGUUUAAAUAUGUUAAUUUUAAAUAUCGUGUAGUAACUGAUUACUGACAUUAUAUAAUUGUAAAUAUUAAAUACAUCUUUUUCUAUAAUAUACGUAAUAUUGUACUCGCGUGUUUGGACAUUAUUAUUAAAUAUUUUAUGGUUUAUAAUCAUUUUCACGUAAACACCAUAGUUCUACAGUAGUGUGUGUCGUGUAGUUAUUACUCACUCGUGCCUAUUUGUUUCUUUUUCGUUACUGGCAUUCACCUAUUAAUUAGUCUAUUUCAAGGAUUAUGGAAUCAUGUGAAGCUAGUGAGUUAGCUAACUGUUCAAUGGAUGCUCUUAUUGACUGGAGUACUCCCGAAACAGUGAAACACAAAACUUAUGAUGAAAAUUGUAUUAAUAAUCCAUUUGAUAUACUGGAAUUGCAAGCAGCCAAUAUGGAUCCUUUUGAUUUAGUCCCUAAUCAAACUCCAUUAAGAGGAGAUCCGCCUUGUGCUAAUAUAUUGAGUCCUCUGUGGGAAUCAAAAAGCGGCAGGCUGAUAAAAAGAAGUGUAUCAUUAACAGAUAUUCAUGGUGUUGCGAGACUUUUGGAACAAAACUAUAUAGAGGAAAACAAAGAUGAUUUUAUAAAGAAUCAAUUAAAAGAUGAUUGUGCUACUGUAGAAUGUCUUAACACAUCAAAAAAGAUCGAUCAGUCAAUAGAAAAUAAUGUCUCAGUUCAUAUAGGUGAAAAUAAAAUAAAAAAUGAAGAGCUAUCAAUUAAAUUAGAUUUGUUAUCAGAUCAAAAUAAGGUAGACUUAGAAAACAUUUCUUAUUGCAACGAACAAGAAAAGAAACAAAUUAGAGAACAAACACGGCAACGAAUUGAAAUGCUUAUUGAAAAAGGGAAAAAAAAUUAUGAAAAAAAUUAUUCUAGAAAGUCAUUAUAUUGUACACCACAGCGUAGUAACACUGAGUCAAAUUUAAAUAAAAAUAUAAAUUCAAGUGUUUUAAAUAAAGGAUUCAUCGGGAGUUUUAAUAUGAAUUCCAAUAGUUUUAAUAAAACACCAGAUAGUAAUAUUGAUAUAAAUGAAAACAUAACCCCAGAUUCUAGUUUGGUAUUUCCAUUCAAUGAACUAAACUCUUUUGAUCUUAAUUCUUUGAAACCUGAAUGGGUGAUGGAUAACUUCAGUGAUAGUGAAGGACCUAGUGAUAUUCAAACAGAAAAUUCUUUGACAGAAAUUGGACCAAUUGACAAUAAUCAAGUUGAUGUCAAGUUGAAAACUCUUGAUCGCUUGGGAAUUGUCGAAUCAAAAGUAAAUGGAAGUCUAACCGUUUUGAAGUCCCUGCAAAAUAAAAGAAUUCAAAAAAAAGGUCCGUUUAUGGCUAAUGUCCCAGUUCAACACAUGGUGCAAAAUUAUAAGAAUGUAGAAAAUAAAGAUGUCAUUCAUGGGUCUGUUAAUUCUCGUAAAAUGAAGCCUAUAGCCUCUUCUACACCAUCAUCAUCAGAUAUUGUUACUACUUUUAAAACUCCCUCAACUGCCAACUCUUCUAUUAAAUCAAGGACUAGUUUAUCACGUCGAUCGAUAGCGAAUUCUGUAAGCCCUGGAACACCAUUAAAUGUUACAAAGUGUAUUAAAAAGAAUUCAAAUAAUACUACAAUUGUUUUGUUCAACAAAGCUAAUGAAAGAAAUACUGAUGUAUUGCGAUCAUCAUUUAAGUUAAACAAAUCAAAAUCAGAAAGUAAGAUUGGAAUACCUAAACCUAAUGUGAUGAAUACAACUAAAAUAAGUGGCUUGCCUGUAUCAAAACGGUUUACUAUGUCGUUCAAAGGAAAAGAAAAUAUACAUCCUCAGUGAAUCAGUGAUAUAGGCAUUUAAAUGUUAUGUGCAUAAAUUGUGUACACAUAAUAUUAAAUAAUUUUUAAAAGUCAUGUCAAUUUAUAUAUUUCAUAAAUAGAUUUUUUUUAAUAAUGUUUUUUAUUAUUAUAUGAUUUUUUUUUAAUAGUAAUUAAAACACUUUUCUUUUUAUUAAUAAAACACUUUAUUUUUAAUGUCUCCUGUUUUAUAAACAUAUUAUGAAUUAAUUUUUUAUUAUUAUUAUUUAGAUAAAAUUAGAACAAAAUAUUUGUUUUGUAAACUAUUAAAUUGUAUUUUGUUGAAACA